AUGUUUGCCAUCAUUUUAAAUGUGUUUCUCUGGGUGCCCCACACCCAGGCGGUGUGGGCCUGCGUGCGGUCCUGCCCUGCCAGCUGCGUGUGCACCCAGGAGCGGAGCUGCUCCGUCCUCUGCGACCGUGUCGGCCUGGGGCAGAUUCCCAGUGAGUUCCCGUGUGAAGCCUCCUCUAUCAACCUGGACAAAAACAGUAUCAAGUUUCUCUCUGAGAGGGCCUUUGGGACCUUGCCUUCCCUCAAAUCCCUGUCACUCAACCACAACAAUAUCUCCUUCAUCACCCCGGGGGCUUUCAAGGGAUUGCCCAGCCUGACCGAGCUGAAGAUGGCCCACAACGAGUACAUUCGCUAUCUCCACACGCGGACUUUCACUGCCCUCAGACGGCUGGUCAGGCUGGACCUGGCAGACUGCAAUCUUUUCAACAUCCCAGACAGGAUCUUCAUCGAGCUGCAUGCUCUGCAGGAGCUUUUCUGCUUCCAGAACAACUUCCGGAGGAUCCCAGGUGCCAUCAGGGGCAUGGAGAACCUUACCCAUGUUUACCUGGAGAGAAACAGGAUCGAAGCAGUAGCCUAUAACUCUCUGCAGGGCCUGAGCAAGCUGAAAUACCUGAAUCUACAGGACAACAGGAUAAAUGUCAUUCAUGAGGGAGCUUUUCAGGGCUGCCAGAAGAUGGAGUACCUGUACCUGAAUGACAAUUUGAUCAGCGAGCUUCCAGAAAACUCCUUUGAUGGCCUGAGGUGCCUGAAGAUGCUCAACUUGGGGGGGAAUUUCCUCAGGAACAUUUCCAACACCUGGUUCAGGGACUUGGGGGAGCUUGAGGUCCUCUACCUGGACCGCAACAGGAUCAACUACAUUGAGGAAGGGGCUUUUGAAAACCUCACCAGCCUGGUUGCGUUGCACUUGAACAGCAACAACCUGACGACACUGCCCUUUUCUGUCUUCGAGCCGGUGUACUUCCUGGGGCGGCUGUACCUCUUUCGCAACCCCUGGGAGUGCGACUGUCGCAUUGAGUGGCUGAAAGAGUGGAUGGAGAAUUACAGGCUUGUCAGGGAUAUCCCCUGUGCCUCCCCCUCCUCAGUAGCUGGGAUUGACCUGAUGGAUGUGCUCUAUGAGAGGUCACCAGAAGGUUACUGUCUUGACCCUGUGGAGCUAAACAUCACCUCCGAAGGCCCAACGCCAAGUGAAGGGCCUUGGUCUACCACGGAAAGCAAGUUCAACAGCCUUAUCUCCAAGCUCUUGCUCCAGAUGGGCCUUCCUGAAGAGGUGGCAAACGCUACUGAAGUCUACAGUAACACCACGCAGCUGGAUGGACUGACUGAAGAGGUUUCUUCUGGAGCAGAAGACAGUAUCAAGGCCAGCUCCUUCUCUUUUUACCUCAUGGCACUUUUUACAGUGAUUGUUUUGCAGUGCAAAUAG